GGGCGGAGAGGGGGAUUUUUUUGGCUCCAAUUUAGAGUACCAACGCUCAAUAUUCAAGAUAAUCAUUUUACCUACAUCUCGUAUCCUCACGAUUUUCGUGAUCGAAAUAAGAUGGAAAAUGAUCAAUCGAAUCAACUCAACUUAUUUUUUAAAUCUAUUGUAUAAUUAAUUUUAGUUCGAUCUAGAACGUGACUUUGUCAAAAAUUAUAAAUACAAAGGAGAAUGUCUGAUAAAAAGAAGGUUUUGAUGUAUAUUUGGUUUAUUGCAGGAAAUAUUUGUCGUUCUCCAAUCGCAGAAGCAGUUUUUGCAGAUUACAUUGAUAAACAUGACUUGAAAGAUAAAUGGGAAGUUGACAGUGCAGCUCUUAUUGGAUAUCACACAGGAAAAUCACCUGAUGUUCGAGCGAUGAAUACUCUUAAGACUAAGGGUAUCACAAACUAUGUUCAUCAUGCAAGACCGAUAACGAAAGCAGACUUUGAUAAAUUUGACUGGAUCUUUGGAAUGGACGAUGAGAACAUCGAUGAACUAAAUAGAAAAAAACCAGCUGGAAGCAAAGCUAAAAUAGAACUUCUUGGAUCAUAUGAUGAUCAGGGAGAAACGAUCAUCAGAGAUCCAUACUAUGAUUCAGAUGACGCCGGUUUUAUCAAAGCUUGGGAACAAUGUACCAGGAGUGUUGAAUCAUUUUUAAAAAAAAAUGUUCAUUGAAACAUUCCUCAUGUUUUGGAGAAAAAGAAUGUAAAAUCAUUCCUUAAUAAGAAAAAAUUAUUCAAGAAUAUUAAAAAUUUUCGACGAAUUAA